UUUACAUCUCUCUGACAAAGUACGUCCUUAGAAAUGCUCUCCCCAACCCCCUCUCAUGAGCCCUCUAUAUAACCAGACUGAGAGGAGCCUCUAGCUUCACACUGCUGGACCUGGUCUCCAGGAGCAAACAGCCAGACUCCACUCCAGUUGGAGGAAAGCUGGCCAACUUUGGUCCACUGCUCCAUUCUUCCUGUGCACUGAAUGGCAACUCUGCCCUCUGGGAGAAGCAGACCUGCCCCCCUUCACGCCAGGGAAUCUCUAUUGGAACGAUGACCAUGAGUCUGGGCCCCUUGUUGUUGGUCUUUGUGCUGGGUCUCGUUGUGACCCCAUCAACUCUGGCUCAAAAUGACGCCAGGUAUAUCAAAUUCCUGACUCAGCACUAUGAUGCCAAUCCGACGGGCCGGAACGACAGAUACUGUGAUAGUAUGAUGAGACAACGAGGACUCACUUCUCCCUGCAAAGAUCGCAACACCUUCAUUCAUGGCAACAGGGACAGCAUCAAGGCCGUCUGUGGAGAAAACGGAAACCCUUACAAAAAUAACUUAAGAAUAAGCAUCUCUGAAUUCCAGGUCACCACUUGCAGUCAUAGAGGAGGGUCUCCCCGGCCUCCGUGCUGGUACCGAGCCUUCAGAGGUUUCAGACGCAUUGUUAUUGCCUGUGAAAACGGCCUGCCUGUCCACUUUGAUGAGUCUAUUAUUAGACCAAGGUAGGCAGGCCCCUCACCCAGAAAUGGCUCUGCUUCCUUUUUAUCCCCUCUUAACCCAGAACAAUGAUGGCAACUUUCACUGUCAAUGGCCAGAAAAUGAAGUAUCUGAAACUUAGGUCUCAGAUUGAUGAUGCACAUAAAUAAAGAUGUCUCUAAAGCCAUUAA